UUAGGCGGGGGCGUUUUAAUAAGCAAUUUUAAAUCUAGGUUUUGAUCGUACAGUGGUGAGGGUAACUUAUGCUAACCACUCAUUCUCUAGUAUCCAUUUGGGCCCCGUAUUUCAAUCGUACUUGUAACGAAAAAUAAAUUAUAAACAACAAAUUAUAAUGAAGAGAUUUACCAUUCUGCGCAAUGGUCAGUAAAAAUCGCCUAGUUAUUGAGUGUAAGGUGGGGAUCUACGUGGUAAUGUUCCUUGAGAUUCUCCAAACGUUGAUUAAAGUAUUGUUGGUUUUCUCUAUUUUAAUAAUUGCGUUUGGAUUAGCAUUCUUCAUACUUCUCUCGAAGAUUGCCAGCGAUCAAGCAAAUCAUCUAUCUUUCUCAAAUAUACCAAUGUCGCUGAUGAGAACAUUCUCAAUGAUGUUAGGUGAAUUGGAUUUUGUCGGCACUUAUGUUAAUCCUUUCUACAAUAACCAGCUGAAGCUAGCGAUUCCAUCUUUCGUUAUUCUGAGUCUCUUUAUGAUUCUGAUGCCCAUUCUCCUGAUGAACCUGCUCAUCGGUUUGGCUGUAGGCGAUAUUGAGUCAGUUCGGAGAAAUGCUCAAUUGAAGCGAUUAGCUAUGCAGGUAGUUCUACACACUGAACUGGAACGAAAACUGCCUCAAAUGUGGCUUGAGAAAGUUGACAAAAUGGAGUUAAUCGAGUAUCCCAACCAUACCAAGUGUAAAUUGGGAUUUUUAGAUUCGGUUCUUCGUAAAUGGUUUUAUAAUCCCUUCAGUGAAGAUAGUUCGUCAAUUCAAGGUGCAAUGGAUAUGGCUCUCGAUACAAACGACGAUUUCAUAGACACAGAAAUAGCAAAGCAGAAACGAAAACUUAAGGAAAUCAGUAGAGUUUUGGAACAACAGCAUCAACUUCUGCGUUUAAUUGUUCAAAAAAUGGAAAUAAAAACGGAAGCAGACGAUGUCGACGAAGGCGUAUCCCCUUCAGAGCUACGUCCUUUAAGCGCUUACAGCACGGGCACAUCCAGAUGGACCUCCCCGCGAAUCCGCAAGAAACUGGCAGCUGCACUGAGCUUCAAUAAAAGCAUGGGUUAAUCAAAAUAUUGAUGUUAAUGUUAAUUCAAUGUUUACAUGUGUUUAUAAAUGUCUUGGAAAAAUUAUUUUACAAAUUAUUGAUUCAUGUAUUUUUCUGUCACCAAGAACGUCAGCUACAUAAAAACGUUGAUUUCAGGAAAUAAUUUACCAGAACAAUAAAUGUUAUGUUUUCAUUGUUUGUUUUAAAUAAAAUGAUUCAUAUGACACCUCUA